GUUUACUUCAAUUUACAUCACAUCUACAUUACUAUUGGUUCUUGAAUUGAAACAAUUCAUAGUAAUGGGUCACGACGUUAACCGUUUCCGCAACAAUUUGAAUGCCUAUCCCUCACAAUAUUUUAGGGCAUCUUUCAAUUGCACACAAACGGCACACUUAACGCCUAAAGGAUGGCAUCAAAGUGAUUCCUACUGUACGACAACAUUUGAUGGGAUCGGUUGUUGGACGGCAUCACUCGGUAAUACUACUGUUGUAAUUCCCUGUCCUGAGUUUAUCGACGGUUUUAACAGUUCAAAUACUGCCAUUAGAAAUUGUUUGGUAAAUGGUUCAUGGGCAUUAACAAAACAUGGUGUCGACCAGGGUGAUUAUUUUAAUUGCCACAACGAUCCACAUUUUCAACUCAAGAAACUUGAAGACCAACAGUUGCAUGAGUUAUGGGAAGAGAUGGAGAAAUUGGAUCCCUUGCCAUACAGUAACAUACAUACGGCUCAUGCAUUUGAGGACUGUAUCGAUACAGUACUAGUUGGUCCAAAAACACAAAAUAAAGAGCUGUUAUACUGUCCCCGAACUUUUGAUGGUUGGGGUUGUUUUAAUGACACGUUGGCCGGUCAGGUGGCUUAUAUCUCAUGUCCUGAUUUUAUUACUGGAUUUGUAUCCACACGAAAGGCACGUAAGGAAUGUCAGACAACUGGUGAAUGGUAUAGACAUUUCAAGACCAACAAGACGUGGUCUAAUUAUACUGAUUGUGUUGAUUGGGAUGAUCUCCAGUUUCGUCAAUCUGUUAACAAUAUCUAUAUAACCGGUUACUCCAUAUCAUUGGUAGCACUACUCAUAUCAUUGGCUAUCUUCUUCUCAUUCAAGUCACUUUCAACGCAAACCAGAAUAAGGAUUCACAAAAACUUUUUUCUUAGUUUCAUCAUUAAUAAUCUCAUGUGGAUAGUUUGGUAUUUAUCAAUAGUAUCGGAACCAAAUGUAUUGAAUGAAAAUCCUAUAUGGUGUCAAGUGAUUCACGUAGCCGUUCACUACUUUAUGGUUUGUAAUUACUUUUGGAUGUUUUGUGAGGGCUUGUAUUUGCAUACAUUACUGGUCAUUGCAUUUGUAUCGGAAAAUAAGAUACUUAAAUGGUUUUAUUUGUUGGGAUGGGGUAUACCUAUACCUAUGAUUCUGAUAUACGCUUUGUUGAGGAGUAACUCUCAUGAUCCUAAAGAUACCCAUUUGUGUUGGAUUGAGGAAGGCACAUUUAACUUAUUAAUAACUGGUCCAGUUUGUAUGUCACUAUUGCUCAAUCUAUUUUUCUUGAUUAAUAUCGUGCGAGUAUUGGUUACAAAGUUAAGGGCAGUCAAUACGUCAGAUACUCAUCAAACCAGGAAAGCCGUUCGGGCGACACUUAUUUUAAUACCUUUAUUGGGCCUACAGUUUAUGCUAACACCGUUCAGACCCGAAACCAGGACUACAGCCGAAAAAAUUUACGAAAUAGUGUCCGCAAUCGUGACGUCGCUCCAGGGAUUAUGUGUUGCACUACUGUUUUGUUUCUUCAAUGGAGAGGUAUUGCAAAAUCUAAAGAAAAAGUGGAACCAAACUCUACUAAAUCAUGGAUUAUCUUCAGAUACCCGACUCUCAUACGCGGCCACAACUGUUUCAACACUCGCCUAUGAGACACAAGAUAUACCGCUUAAGUUUGUCCACAGGAGUGAUGAAAUGGACGCAUCGAUCAAAGAGAAACAAUUGAUGUUAAGGGAAAUAUAG